GAAGCCUCGGUUCUUAACUUUUGUCGGAAACCGGCCGCGGGGCAGGGGAAGAGGAGACGCGCGCCUCCCCCCGCGCCUGGGCUCGGCCCCCGCCCGCCCACCGCGCCGGGAAAGCCCCCGCGCUCCGCCCACCCCCGGGGUUCUCUCCGCUCCGGUGACAGUCUGCCAGCAGCCGCCUGGCGCUCGCCUCCGCCGGCCCGGGACGCGCAGCGCCCUGCUUUCCUGGAGCCGCAGGGGACCAGGGGCGGUGACCUCGGAGCGCGGCCCGAGUCCCCGUCGCCCAGCCCCGCGCCCCGGUCCCCGGCCCGCGCCCCGGCCGACGGCAUGGUGCUGCUGGCCGGGCCCGGGCCGGAGGGCGGCGGAGCGCUCGGCGUGUCUUCGCAGCCGCCGUCCCCACCGCGCGAUGCCAAGGCCAGGCAAGACCCCGCUGACGACGAGGAGUACGAGGACUUCUCGCGUCUGCCCGACACCCGCAGCAUCGCCUCGGACGACUCCUUCUACCCUGCCCUGAGCCAAGAGGAGUACGGCGCCGGGAGCGCGGAGAGCGUCUCGGAGGCAGUCUCCGAGGGCGUCCCGGAGGCGGCGACCCUCCUGCGCGCCGCCUGCGCCAACGACGUGGGGCUGCUGAAGGCGCUGGUGCGGCGGGGACCGCGCGUGGAGGAGGUGCAGGAGACCGACCCUAACGGCCGGACCGGCCUCAUUGUCGCCUGCUACCACGGCUUUGUGGAUGCUGUGGUGGUCUUGGCAGAGUGCCCUCAUGUUGACGUCAACUGGCAGGACAGCGAGGGGAACACGGCCCUAAUCACAGCUGCGCAGGCAGGGCAUGCCACCAUCACCAACUACUUGUUGAACUACUUCCCUGGUCUUGACCUUGAAAGGAGGAACGUGUUUGGGUUCACGGCCCUGAUGAAAGCCGCCAUGCAGGGCCGAACGGAGUGCAUCCGAGCCCUGAUGCUAGCAGGGGCGGAUGUCCACGCCAGGGACCCCCACCGCGGGAUGUCGCCCCAGGAGUGGGCCACGUACACGGGGCGGACGGAGGCGGUGCGCCUCUUCGGGAGGCUGCUGGAGCGCCCCUGCCCGGAGCAGUUUGGGGAAAAGUACAAGCCAGAGCUGCCGCUGCCCCUCGAGGGGGUUCUGAAGCCGGGGAACUCCAAAAACUGCUUGCAGAGGCUCACGGAGUUUGUGCGGUCCACGCUGGCCUCCCGCUCGCGCCAGGGCCUGGAGGAUGGGGGCGUCCUGGACCACAUGGUCAGGAUGACCACGAGUCUCUACAGUCCUGCUGUGGCCAUCGCCUGCCAGACUGUGUGCCCCGAGAACCCCCCCUGCGUGGGGAAAAGGCGGCUGGCGGUACAGGAAAUCCUGGAGGCUCCCGGGGCCCCAGACACCCGUGCCCAGGAGAGGGACAAGGUGGAGGACCCCGAGCCGCAAUUCCGGACCUCUCAGGCUGUGGGUGCCUCCAGAGAGGGGGCCCCGAGAGCCAGCCUCGCGUCUCCGCAGCCGCCGGCGGGCGCCCCGCGGAAGGCCAGCCUCCUGGCGCUGCCGCUGCGGAGGAGGAGCAGCGUGCGGCCGGGCGUGGCCAUCCCCCGGGUGCGCAUCACCAAGGCGCCCACGCCCACCUUCCAGCCCGAGCGGGCGCCCGCGAAGGGCGGCGCCAAGGACAACUCGCACCUGCAGCUGCCCAAGUGGAGGUACAAGGAGGCCAAGGAGGAGAAGAGGAAGGCGGAGGAGGCGGAGAAGCAGCGGGUGGCAGCCGCGCAGAAGGGAAGGCGGGCGGCGCCCUGGAGGAAAAGGACGUGAGGGGAGCUGGUCGGGAUGCUGCGCCCUUGGAGCCGGCAGCGGGGAGGGUACGUGGCUGCGCGCAGGGAAGGAUGCGCCUCCCGCCCGCCCUCUCCGCUCUGGGCCCCACUUUCUCCUGCGGGACAGGAUCCUCUGGGGGCCCCAGAAAGCAAUCCAUGUUUGUUCAGGCUGCACCCAGGGGUGAAUCGGUCACAGCACAAAUAGCUUUGCCUAAAACCAGUUCUUCUAGCCAUCAAAUACACCUGGCGGGCAAUUAGCCUAAAAGCCUACCUUUAGAACCUCAAGAAAAUUUUAAGACCAAGUUAUCAAAGGGCAUUUUCUGUAUAAUUUUGUAUUUUAAUCACGAUCAAAUUUGCAGCAUUUUACUGGUGGUAGAGCUGUUUGUAUUUAAGACCGUUUUAAUGCAUUUACCUUAAGAUCCUUUGUUUAAAAUACUGUUCCUAGCAAUAAUUAUUUGUGAUAUCUCUAUGAUUUCAUACGGAACUUAGGAAAUUCUCCCUCCUUUUUUACCGUUUGAUUUUGAUCUUGCUUUCCAUUCUCAUUGUGGGUACCUAUAGCCCUGUAUAUUCUUACUGAUUUGAAUAAGUAAUGCCAAAUAUUUGUUUCUAUUUGAUGGAGACAUUUUUUUUUAUAGCAAAAUGAUCAAGUCAGACAGGAAUCAGAUUUCCUUGUAUCUUAUUUGUUAAAGCUAUUUUAUCCACACAGAAAUAACAGUGAAGAAAAACCUAUUGUCAAAGUAUGAGAGUGCAUAGAGAAGCAUGUAUUUAUUGCUGGAACUAAACUCAUUUUAAGCAAGGGAUUUUAGAUAAGCUGAUACAAAAUCUUUAACAUAUUCCAAAACAGAUAUAAGAGGCAAAACUAUUUUUAACAAAUGGGGCAAAUCUAAUACAUUAUUAUUAUUAUUAUUAUUAUUAGAAAAACAAAGUAAGUCAUAUGUACUCUUUGAUAAAUUGAGUUCAGAUGUUCUUAAAAUAUUAGAAAGAUGCAACACGGGUAAGGACCCCAGAGUGAAACCCCUGGAAUGCAGGGGGGUAACGGGUAGAGGAACAGGGAUUAGAACUGACUUUUAGGCAAAGUCUCCUCCAGAGGGCUGGGCGGCGCCCUCCUCCGACUCAGUGCCAAGGACCCCCGGUGUGGACUGCCUUCUCCUUUUCCUUUGAGAGCUGCCCGAUGCUCACUUUAUCCUCACACCGACUGUGUAGAAUUUCCAAGAUGUGGGGACUUUGGCAGAGCACAGCUGUGGCUUGCCCUGGGCCCUGAACUCUCAGUGGGAGUUUUCUGUCCAUACUUUUUUUUUUUUUUUUUUUAAAUCUGCCAAGCACUGAGAAACUCUAAUGAAUCUCCGGCCAUCUGGGCUGUAGAGUAUGGGUCACAUAUGCACUACUGACAGCACUUUAUUUAUGUCCUGCUUGGAAGCUUAGAUUUAAAAGAUUACAGAGAGUGAGAAGCUCUUCAUUAUCCUCCUGGAUUCACAGGUCAAAUCGUGCUCACUGGCUACAUCGGGACCCGUGCCCGGCUGUCUCAUGCUGUGGGUGGUGGCGGCACUGGCCUCUCUAUUCCCUCCCACUCGGCACCACCAGGCAUUGAGCAGCCAGGGGUCCCGUACUCACUCCCCAACACCCUCACUGUUGCACAUUGCGCCUGAACUCAUGGGGAAUAGGUGUGGUGAUAACUCAGCUUUUACAGGCAGAUGGUAGUGAGUUCCGCCCGCAUUCCAGAGAGCACAGGAAGGAUGGCGCAGAGGGCUGGGCCCACUUUGAGCAUCGCUGGUAGCAGCUGGCUGCAGGUCACCCUGGUGCCCAAGAGGUGGGACUGGCCAGGAUGAGGGCUGGUCCCCAAAGUGGAAGCACCCCUGGUCUCUCUGACGGUCUGGCAUCCUUUCAGAUCCCGUUUUCGAUGUUGAUGUAUUUUUGUUGCUUUGAGUGGCUGGCGGCAGUGUCUCACUGAGGGGCCAGUCCCUGCCCCUGUCCCCCAGUGUCAGGGCAGGGGCACGGCUGGCCCUUCUGAUUUCCAUGUCUCCUUGGCGUUGUCACAUUCGUUCCCUGCCAUCCCCUUCGCCUCCUCUCUUUUUCCUCACUUGCCUUUUCUUCCUCUGCCCGUUUCCUUCUCCAGAUUUGGCUAACUGCCUUGCUCAUCCCUAGCCCCACUGCUCUGAGGUCUAAACAGGGCAGGAAAGCAAGGCCAUUCAGAGAGGCAGUGUGGUGUCCCUGUUGAGUGUUCACGUCAUGCCCUCCAAACACACCAUAGUGAACGAAGGGCAGAUUUUUCCAGCGUCCCUGCAGGUGGCUUAGAACUCCGCCCCGCCCCGGCUUUUAGGGAGGGAGCCCUAAGUUUCUCUCCUGACAGAUGACAACACCCCCCCGCCCCCCACCAAUCGAUGUACAGUGGGGGGAGGGUCUGGUGUCUGCUUGCACCCGGAUGUUAAUGAACUAUAAAUAGUAAAUUUCAACUUGACAGGUACCUUCUCAGGGAUUUAUAUAUAAACAUAGUUAGGGGCAGAGUGGAAGUAUGCUUUAAUACCUUUUAGUGUUUGUGUGAAUUACGAUUAAACUAGACAGAGGAAACGUGUCUAAGGCAACGUCCGUGCUGCUGUUUCCCAGGGAGAUGUCUGGGAAUGGCCCCUCGGUCGAGAUUUCCUGGUUGUUGGAAACCCGGGACCUGCUGCUCCAGGGCUCUGGGGUGGACAUGGAGUCACUUCAGCGCCUCUCAGCAGCCUCUGUGUGUAUAAAGAGAAGCUCACCCGUGGGAGCUGCGGUGGCAGUGAUAACAGAUGGACCCUUCAUCGCUGUGACUGCAGAGCUGGCUCCUCCCCAUCUGACAUUAGGGUGUGGUGUGAAUGACUCCCUUUUUAUGUGCUCAUGUGAUCAAGGGUGCUGCUGCCAGCCCAGCGCCAAGCUCAGAGUGGGAGCAGCAGGGAACACCGGGCGGUUGUCUGGGAUGGCCUGGGCGCCUGGGAUGGCCUGGUGCCCCUUCCAGGGUUCUGGCUGCACGAGGGAGAUGCCCCAGAGCAUUAGGGACCUCUACCUUUUUGACGCGGCUCUGAUGGGCAGCAUGCGACACCUCAGGAAUAUGAAGGCGGGCAAUACAGUCCCUUCGUCAUCUCAACUGCGGGCCCUCCUAAGGCCCGAGGCUCACUGUGCCGAAAAGGCUGGAUUUCGUGAUGUCAUUUGGAAGUGGGACUUGUGGCUCGGAGGGACCGUUCCAGGCGGCCUCUGCGGGCCGUGGGUGACCAGGUCUCUGGCCGUCCGGCUGAGUGGAGGCUAGGCUGCUGUCUGUGAAGCUGAAUCGCAUGAGUGGAGCCAGACCCCGGCCCUGCAAUGGAUGGGAAGCCUGCUGUCCCCGGGGAAGAAUCCUGGGCACCGAGGUAUGAAGAAACCUCCCUGAGGCGUAAAUAAAUGAGCCGAGACUAAGGAGUGGGUGUGACUGGGCUCCUGUAGCCUCUGGCAGGAGCAGGGUGUCCGCCCCGUCCACACUACAGGAGAGAGAAGCCCUCUUUCCAGAACCUCGCUAAGCUCGCUCUGUGGGAUGAGCUACAGCCCCGCUGCUAUCAGCUGUCCCUCUGCCCGCAGGCUCACCUGCAGGUUCACGCUCGCUCACUUUUCCACCCUCAUACAACACGGUUGUUCCCGGGAGAAUUAAGAUUUACCGCAAACGAUUGGAAGCUCCUAGUCCAGUGAUGGCGAACCUCUGACACGCGUGUCAGUGCCAUUUCCGAUGACACGCGGCCGCUGAGGCGGCCACAUGCCGAGGAUGAAACAUUUAUGUUAUUUAAACUAUAAAUAUUGCGAAAUAAUGUUUUUUCCUCAAAGGGACACACUACCCGAGUUAUGCUCAGUUUUUUGGCGAAGUUUGAAACACCAAGCUCAAAAGGUUGCCCAUCACUGUUAGUCACAACCAGCCCUUCAUAUGUGAAAACGCUAGCACUUGGUCUUGUUUACAGCGUUGGGAAGGUCUGACAUGCUCAGGACCCUCUGCUCCGCAGUAGGGAAUGUUUGGAUUCUGCACCUGGCCCUGGGCCCGCGGGCCUGGGCCUCAGUUUCCCCUGCAGCUGGCUCGCGUUAGCCGGGUCCCAUCCAGCAGCUGCGGGAAGGGCCAGGGUCGUCUGGGGAAGGAAGGGUGGAAGGUCGAGCACAGUCACUCCUUCUAAGACAACCAGGUCACGUUUAUGACAGAAAACCGUCCAGCAGAGUUGUCGGCUGCCACAAAGCACUCAACACAGAAACGGCUCUUCCCAACUGAGGUUGCUCCCUCCUCGGAGCGCACGUCCAUGCUUUUAGAACUUAUUUGGGCAUCUGCUCUGUGCACCUGCUGAGUCAGCUGCUCACCUCGGUGCCCUUGAAUUCACGUGGUUCUUCAUUAACAUUUAAAAUAAGUGGCCAAAGACCUUCCUCCGGAGGUUAUUUUUUCAAAGAAAUAGGAAACCCUGCAACCACCAGGACUGAUGAGCUGAUUUUUGAGUGACUCGGACGAAGGCAGUGCCGCGUACAGUACACAACCUCCUCGCUCCGACCCAGCCUGAAAUGAGCCGACGUGACAGAUGUGGCCCUGUGGUGCCGUGACAGCCCGCAGCAGCAAGCUGUGCCAGAGCGGACAGUGUGUGAUAAGGUGUGAGUGUGCACACACGCGCGUGACAGAUGUGGCCCUGUGGUGCCGUGACAGCCCGCAGCAGCAAGCUGUGCCAGAGCGGACAGUGUGUGAUAAGGUGUGAGUGUGCACACACGCGCGCGCACACGCACACGCACACACGCGUGCACACACAUGAUCUGAGAGGAGACCUGGCUGCUGUGGCCUCACUGUGGCUCCCGGGGAAUGCCCGGGGUGACCUGCUUGGACGGUGUGUAUUCAGGAGGACCGGACAGCCCAAGGCCACUGUGGGCACUCAGGCCAACACACGUGUAACACAGCCAGUGUGUCCUAACACAGGACUUCCUUUUCAGAGGCCGUUUGGCCCAGGGGACUAGUAUAGGAGCUCCUUGGCGAGGUUCCAUAGCCGGGGAUGGCUCAUUUGACAUGCUUGGCACGGAGGGACCCUGACUCAGAGGACUCUGGUUGGAGAGUGGCCACCAGGUGGGGGCUGACUCCCCUGAGAUUUGGCGCCAGGCUAACAGAGAAUCCACAUUUUACCCUUAAGAAGUGCUAAGAUUUUCCCAAGUCGGCCUCCAUGUUAGAUACUCUAAUCAAAGGUAACAUAGUUUGGGGCUUGAGAGAAAUCGGUCCAUCAGACUGUGAUACCUUUGUAUUGUUUUUAAGGAAAAUGUAGAAGAGAAACCAAAAUGAGGCCGCCAUCCCGGGUAGAGCGGGCCUGUGUUGACCGGAUGCAUUAGGAAGUGUCACGUGGAAGCACUUUAACAGCAGUUUGGGAGCAGAAGUUCUAGAACCUGGUUUGGAACUGCACAGCAAUGUUGAAUUUGAUGAAAACUAUAAAGAAAAGCUAUACACCCAGAAAUAUUACCAGCAACUCUGGGAGCCUUUGGAACAUCCUAAGGAAUUUCAAUAACACACCCCAUUCAUAGAAACAGGAAAAGCCAAUCGCAUUGAAAUUCUCUUCAUUCGAAUCGUCCUGCCUGGGACUUCCCUGGGAUCUGCGGAUGUGUGUGAGCAGGCCACACAGGGGCCAGAUUUCCAGUUAUGUUUCAUCUUGGGAUAAGCUGUGUUCUGGAUGUAAAGCUAUCUUCGUUGUCAUUUCUAAAAAUCCAGUAGGUUCUGGAUAUUGUGAAAAUGUUGAGUCCGGAUGUGAUUCUGUAAAUUUCAUAGUGUUUUAUUUUGAAGUGAGAGUGUUUGUUUGUUUAUAAGAGGUAUUUUCCUAUUUAGACCUCAGGGCUAUUUUGGAACCCCCAAAUAAAUGUGACCCCAGCAGCUUUGGUUUUGAUAUCCAAAAGGUUAAUCAUCUUUAAGUUAAAUAUAUUAUUCAGCAGAAAGAAUGUACCUUUCCUUUGAACUUCUAAUAAAUUCUGUACUUAAUGUUUUAAAAGUGUAGAAAAAAAGAUGUGAUAAUGUAAAAAUGUGGGGAAAUUGUGGUUAUAGAAUUAAAUAUCACUCGUGAAAUAAACAUUCUUAUGGUACCAGAGUGUGAUAUUUGAAUAAACCUGUGUGUAUAAAUUAGCAAAUGAAACAAUGAAAUAUACCAGUAUUUUAUAAAAAUAUAUUUUUAUUGAUUUCAGAAAGGAAGGGAGAGGGGGAGAGAGAUAGAAACAUCAAUGAUGUGAAAAAAUCAUUGAUUGGCUGCCUCCUGCAUGCCCCCUACUCUGCCCUUGACUGGAAUUGAACCUGGGACCCUUCAGUCCGCAGGCUAACACUCUACCACUGAGCCAAACCAGCUAAGGAAAUAUAUCAGUAUUUUUAAUGUCACUUAUUUGGAUUAAAAUAAAUGUGCAGUUUCUUCUUCUGA